UACUUCAGUGCUGCUAGAUUUCAAUGAUAAGUAGAUUUUUUUCUUUGAUCUUGAGUAAUGCUGGCAAGAUGUACCGGUAUAUAGGUCAUUAAGGGCAAAGACUAGGUUGCUGGAAAGGGCAAACUUUUUAGCAGGAAUAAAAUGGCUCCCACAAUGGCAUUAUGGCAGAAAAGCUCUACUUGCUGUUAAGAAAGAUGGGAGGUGGUGGAGAUUCUAUCAGCUCUCAAAAGUUGCUUGGCGACCACAGACGCAGAAGAGGGAAACGCUGCACGCAACUUUUACUGCUACACACCCGCACCCUAUUACUCAUACUCAUUUAUUAUAUGUUCAGUAUUGGACUAACAUUUUAUCAGAAAGAUCUUUUCAAGGAUUUCCCAUUUCCUCUAACGGUGGUCAUUGUACACCUGAAUGUUAAAUUUUUGCUGUCUGGAGCUUGGCGCUCUUGUUCUUCCUGCUGCUCGGGGAAAGAUCGAGUGUCCCUCAACUGGCGCAUUUACUGCACUAAAGUUCUACCUGCUGGUGCAGCUGCCGGACUUGACAUUGGGCUCUCCCAGUGGAGUCUUGAGUUCAUCACGGUUACAUUAUAUACCAUGUCCAAGUCAACUGCUCUGCUCUUCAUUUUAUUUUUUGCCAUCCUCUUCAAGUUAGAAGAAAUGAGAUGGAGCAUUGUGGUGCUGGUGAUACUUAUUGCCGGAGGUCUGUUGAUGUUCACAUACAAAUACACUCAGUUCAACUUGUUCGGGUUUACAUUAGUGAUGACGGCAUCUUUACUUAGUGGACUGCGGUGGACACUAUCACAGAUCCUGAUGCAGAAGAGUGAGUUGGGGCUAUCGCAUCCUGUAGACCUCGUCUACCACGUGCAGCCUUGGAUGGCAUUGUCUCUGUUGCCACUCGCUGCUGCCAUGGAAGGGACGGGUCUUGCCGGGUCUGAGGUCGGCUUCAACUUCAAAGAUAUUGAGAUGGCGGCGCUGAUGUGGUGCCGGGUGCUGUUGGGGGCCUUCAUCGCCUUCUGCAUGGAGAUCUCGGAAUAUUACGUGGUGAGCUGCACGUCGUCCCUCACCUUCUCCAUCUCAGGCGUUGCUAAGGAGAUCGCCACCCUCACCCUCGCCGUGUACUAUUACCACGAGCACCUCUCCCUCAUAAAUAAGGCCGGGCUGUUGCUGUGUGUGCUGGGCAUCGCCCUACACGUUUUCUUCAAGGCCCGGCAGCUGAGGCUGGAGACCGCGUCCCUGAAGGGUCCGACAUCGCCCCCAGGGACCGGGGACGCUUUUGUGUUCCCAGCGGAGGUGGCCCAGCCGCUGCUCAAAGAUUCCUUCGACCAGUCAGACGAGGAGAUGGAGAUGUUCUCCAGAUAGUAUAUGCUUUAUGCCAUUACAUGUGAAGUAUAUUUUAUACAAGUUUUUAUGUUAGCACAGUAACUGGUAAUAGGCCUUUGGUUAUAUUGUAUAUAUGCAACUCGUGUUUUUUGGGGCUGCAAUUAGUAGUUGAUGUGUCUAGGAUUGGAACAAUAUCAGUUCGAUACGCUUAGAAGUGAAUGGUUUUACUCGCAUAAUCUCUGUUGUACUAUUCGUGUUUAGGAAUAAUUACAUUACGGUACACUAAAAGUGAAGCUUUUAUUUGGGUCUGAUAACCUGACUGUUCUGAGGCUGACCUUUCUUGUUGGCACAAAAGUAUUUAUAAAACAAAUGAAUACUACCUCCUAACCACCUGUAAGGCCAA